GUUCCUCCCAAAAAUUUUCGAUAGAGUGAAAUGGUCUCCUUGCCGAUCCCUUGCCUAGGUCCCACUGUCAGUUUUGCGUCGAGGGCAAAGAAGGAAAAAAAAUUAGUGGAGAUUCUAGCUUUUUCAUCGCUCUCCUGAUCGUCUCCUUUUUUCCACUGAUUUGCUUUGCCAUGUCUUCGUAAUCGUUUACUUGGUCAUUUUUCGUCUCAUUUUGUAUCAAGCAUACUUCAUCACCGCUUCAUCUCUUUUAUUUAUAUACCUAUAAUGAUUACUUGGAUUCCUUUUCUUCGUCCGUCAUCUCCUCUCACCACGCCAUUCUGGGAACGCAACGAGUGGUUUCGACGUCACGGUUACCAACGUCCCUGGGAUACCUACCUUGUACUGCAGUGGAUCUGUUCGUUUGCGCUAGAUCUUGUCUUUUUUAAAUUCUUGGUUGUUUUUGUAACGGAUGUCGAUGCGAAAGAAACAAAGUAUGUGCUGCAUCACUGGGAUGCGCAAGAAAGGCAAGACACCGAUCAACCGUGGAAUCUGCAGGGCCUGUGGAACGGUCACAUCAUGGUUUUUAUCAGUGUAGCCAUCAAAGCACUGAGUAUUAUUACAUCUUUUGUAUCCACAGAAGAUCCAGUAGUAGCCAACCAACGACAUCAAGUCCCACGAUCAAAGACGUACGUACGACGAUAUGGUACUCCAGUCAUUGACAGUUUUACCGGUGUAUGCGGUAUUUGUCGCAUCAAAGUAGAUCAAACAACCCGGCAUUGCAAAUUAUGUAACAAAUGCGUGGGUGGCAUGGAUCAUCACUGCAAAUGGCUCAACUGCUGUAUCGGACAAACAAAUUACAAGUAAGCUUAGCACUUUUCAUGGCAUUGGUAUCCAUUGCAUUUGUCGCUUUAUUAUGGUAUACGACCCUGACGCUGUACGUCGUCUA